CUCCGAGAGCCCUAAGCUUUCCCGGCGGCCGUCAGGUGGAGAGGCCGCGGCUUGGUGGCUGGGCAGAAAGGGCAUUCGUAGGCCUUUCCUGGGGGAGCGGGGGCACCUCGUGCCCUGUGUGGCCAUUCGUUCUUGUGGUUGUGAAUGUGCCAGAGAGGCACUGGGGUCGCCACCGCCUUCCUCCCGAGGUCUGGGCGCCUCUGGAAGAGGAGUAGGAAGAGACAAGGAGAAGCGGGAGGGGGAACCUAGGAGGUGUGCCAGGGGUGGUUGGGAGAGGAGAUGGAGCCUCCCAGGAUACUUAGAGGUACCUUCCUUCUCACAGCAAGCUGCUUAUGUUUUUUCUUAACUGAGAUUUUGUUGUUGUUGUUGUGAGAAACAAAGACAAAUCUCUAUUUUGUCGCCCAACAAGAUUUCAAGUGCUGCGACGCCCUGGACUUUCAUGUACUUCCUAUGUGGACCUUCUUUGGAGGAUUGGAGCAUGCAUUCUUUGGCUGUAGCUGCCUAUACCUCAUUUUUAUACAGGAUAAGUGUGCUGUGCUCCUUUUCUCUGGUCGUAGCAUAGAAUGGCCUGUGCCGGACAUCAUCCAGGACGUUACGCUACUGUAGGAAGCCUUUGCUUUCAGGUAACCAAAUUCAAUUACCAUGGGGAAUGUUUUUGAAAAACUGUUUGAAAGUCUGUUUGGGAAAAAGGAGGUGCGGAUUCUUAUGUUGGGUUUGGAUGGAGUAGGAAAAACCACCAUGUUGUAUAAAUUGAAGCUGGGAAGGGUUGUGGCUACCGUCCCUACAGUAGGUUUCAAUGUGGAGACGGUGGAAUAUAACAAUAUCAGCCUCACCAUCUGGGAUGUCAAUAGCCAUUGUAAACACAGACCUAUGUGGAGACAUUAUUUCAAGGACACCAAAGGUGUGAUUUUUGUGGUCGAUAGUAACGACAGAGAACGGAUCAGUGAGGCCCAAGAAGAACUAACCAGAUUGUUAAUGGAGAAUGAGCUCAUGGAUGCAGUCUUGUUGGUGUUUGCAAAUAAACAGGAUGUUCCCAAUGCUAUGAGCACAGCAGAAAUAACAGACAAGCUUGGCUUACAGUCUGUCCGCCGGAGAAACUGGCACAUUCAGGCUACCAGCGCCACCAGUGGAGACGGGCUUUACGAAGGCCUGGACUGGCUCUCCAACCAGCUUAAGAACCAGAAGUGACUGGAAGCAAUUCAUUCCUGUGCAUCGUGGCGAAACCAGCGGCUUGUGUGUGUGCAAGGAGCAAGUGUGGAUGUGUGGCUGGGCGUGGGGCGGCUUUCUCACACUGUGCCUUGUAUCUGCUAUAAGAAAUCCAGCGUUACAUUUUGUACACUACCUCCUAUUUCAGUAGCCUUGAUGAUCAUCUCUACAGUUGAUGGAGGAAUCCUGAGGGCUGUUGGGUGCACAGGAGCCAGAGUGACCUUCAUGGUAGAAAGGAGAAGGGUUGCUGGCAUGAGGACCAAGGUCAUUUGUGAAGCCCUGGACCUGGCGUCUCUGCAUACCCAGGACCCUGUUAGACUUUAGAGUCUACGAAAAGGGAGGAACUGGCAUUCUUUCCCAUCCCUGCCAGAGCUAGAUGCUCACUAUUCAGUGCUUUCAAGCAAAAGGCGCUUGCUUACCACAGGUUUGAAGUUCAGAUUGGAACCUUUCCCUUCAGCUUCAGCCUAGCCCAGACUUCCCGGUGUAACAUACUUUAUUUCAAGGAGUCAGUGAUCUUUUUCACUAGAGUAUCCAGACUACAUGAACACUAGAGAAUUAUCCAGUCCUCCCCUUGUGCUAGUUCCUUCCUUGAUUUGCAUUUUUUUUUUUUUUUGGCCAAAAUGGAGGCCAUUUUGGGUAGUAACCCAGCAUGAGGCUAAAGCUCUUUGCUGGGGCCACAGUUGAGUGAAGGGUCUGGAAAAGAAAGCAAGGUGACAGUCAUGUUUGUGUCCUUGCAUCACCCUCUCAGGUUUCAGGCUCCUGAGGCUGCUGCUCUCGCUUCUCUGCUCUGUGCUGAAUGUUCUACGCUCUCAAAGCAGGAGGUUAUGAAUUAAUCAUCACCAUGUACAGUAUCUCAAUCCAACUUCCGGUUUGGGCUAACACCUGUGAGUUAUGAGAGUUUGUGAGAGAAUCAAGAGGUUAAUUUGGGGGACAAUAUUCCCCUCAACCUCUGGUAUCUAUUGCCUCUUUGUUAGUGCAAAAUUUCGCCCUUCUGGUAAUGUCUGGCCUACACAGCUGUCCAUGGUACUGACUCCCUCUUCUGGAUGGUGGUAAUGUCUUACAUGGGAACAUGCUUUAUGUUGUCAAAAUGUUAAUGAAAAUGGCCUGGAGAUGGGCUAGGUUCUCUCAGUAGUCUCGAGCUCUUUUGCUCAGACAUCUGUUGGCCAAAUUUGUACACGUUUCCACUACUUUACCUUUCAAAGUUCCUUUAAAAAAAAUCUAUUGAGAUUACAGGGAUGAAUUUUAAUAAAGGUGAAUUUUAAGAAAAGUAAACCUUGUUUAUUGAUAACAAUGAAGUUGAUAUUACUGGGGAGAACUUGCAUACCAUAACAAGUGUAGGUGUAAUGUUUUUCUUUAAAAUGUUGGCUUCAAAGACUGUUCAUUGCAAUAUUGUCAACUAAGUCCAGUUUUGCUUGUUUAACCACAGAGUAAUUCCUGAGAAAUGUUUAGAUUCUAUGUUUAAAUUGGCUAGGACUGUGUCUUACACUUGUGUAUUUAUGCUUAGUACAGUGUACUUAGUACAGUGCUAGGCUUCACUGAACACUGUCGAUUGGUUGAACAAUAAAAAGCUUGCUUUGGAAGGAA